AUGUGCAUUGUGCCAGCAGCGAAAACGUUUUUCUUUAAGCUGCACACCUCCACACUGCCAGUUAAAACGUGGCUUCAGAAAAAAGGACUGUAUGUACCCUGGAAUACAAAUUGUAGACUUUGCAAUCAACCCGAGACAAUAGAACAUUGCUUUAUACUUUGUCGUGACGCAUUUAAUUUUUGGGACAUUUUACUAGGAACUGUCAAAAAAGACUUUUUUCUCACAUAUUAUGGUGUCCGGUUCCUACCUUUCAAAAAGACAGUCAGUAAUACACCGUACGAUUUGUUUAUGUUAUUAGGACUUUAUUCAUUAUGGAGAAGUCGAAUGAUCGACAGAUAUGCCGAGUCGCCUCGCUCGACAAGGUCUAUCUUCCGAGAAGAAACUGCUCAAGUCCGUAGUGUGGUGGCUACAUUUGAUCCCGUACCUGAAUGGAUUUCGCGUCUGGACGCUUGUGUUUGUUUGCCAGAAUUUUGAACUGUCAUUGAACUGCAUACUAUGUGUGAAUUUGUUUAUCAUGUAUGUUCAUAUGUAAUGGAACUGUGUCGGUUUGACACUACUGAUAAUUCCAUGCAAUAAAGAAAAAAAAAGAAAAAGCUGGCGUGGCGUAGCGUAGUGGUGAAGUACCGGGCUUGGGAUGUCUAGGUCCGACGAUCGAAGCCUGGUCUAAGCGUUUUCAGUUUUUUUUUCUUGCACUAAUACGCUCUUUAUUGCUUUCUGUAUUCAAAAAAAUAUAUGCGGUUGCCAGGCACCACGUAUUUAACGCGCUAGAGCUCA